AUGUUCAUACGCCCUGGCUUUGUGGUGGUCAUUGUGGGGAUCACGCUGACAAGCUUGUCGACUAUUGUCGUGGCUAUGAGGUACUACUGCCGCUGGUAUCGAAUGGGCAUCAUUGGCGCGACCGACCACCUUAUGAUGGUCGCUCUGAUACUCACAUGGGGCAACACGGUCGUGAACUACUACCAAGAUGAGACGAGCCGCAAAUUCCGCCCUAGCUACUUCCGCCGUCCAGACAAACGCCCACAAUUCGAAACCGCGCUUAGAGGCACUCUCAUCACUUGGUACGUCUACCGCCUGACGUACGGCGUAGCUCUGUGCUUCGUCAAGCUCUCGAUCCUCUUCUUCUACCGCGCCAUCGCAUCCCACCGCGCCUUCCGCCGCAUGGUUUAUUAUACCAUUGGCUUUGUCGUCCUGUACACUGUCGGCUCGACGAUUGCCGCUGCUUUCCAGUGCGAAAACCCGGCGCACUCGUGGGACACGUCGGGAUAUCUUGCGCAAUUUGACGGCAAUCCGAAAACGAAGAAGCCACACUUUAAGUGCUACGAUCCGACCAAGCUGUGGGUUUUUACGGCGGCGAUAAAUCUAUUCACUGAUGUGCUUAUCUUGCUGCUGCCGAUUCCAACACUGCUCGGCCUGAGGGUACCCAUGACCAAGCGGCUAGCGCUCAUCGGUAUCUUCUCCGUAGGCAUCAUGGCCAUCGUCGCGUCCUGCGUCCGCAUGUGGGUCAUGGCCCUGUGGUCCGAGUCCCCGCAAAACUCAGCCCGCUUCGGCGCCGACCUGCUCCUCUGGGGCCAAGUGGAAACCAACAGCGGCAUCAUCAGCGCCUCCGUCCCCUUCCUACGUCUCUUCUUCCGGCGCAAUGACCGUCGCGAGCCAGAGAAAGGGGUUGCUCCUGCGCCUAGGAAAGAAAUCAGUCCGCCAAAGCCGGUACACACGGACAACAAGCCAUUGCAGAUUGAUAGCAUGGCGUUCUUUGGCCCGGGGGAGGAUGGUGAGGAUACGGGCCCGAAUGGGAGUCCGGGGUGGAAGCCUUUUAUUACGGUGCCAGCGAGCUUGAGUAGUAGGGGGAGCGGGAUGUUGGAGCCGACGAAUGCGCAUACUACGGUUUAA